UUAGCAUGGAGUGUUAUAAAAGCCUUGGAGUGCAAGCUCAUGGUUGUCUUAACAAGAGGAGAAGGCUUCAAUGGAUCCUUUUGUGGUCCUUGUGCUCUGUCUCUCAUGUUUGCUUCUGCUUUCACUCUGGAGACAGAGCUCUGGGAAAGGAAAACUCCCUCCUGGCCCCACUCCUCUCCCAGUGAUUGGAAAUAUCCUACAGAUAGAUAUUAAGGACAUCAGCAAAUCCUUAACCAAUCUCUCAAAGGUCUAUGGCCCUGUGUUCACUGUGUAUUUUGGCCUGGAACCCAUGGUGGUGCUGCAUGGAUAUGAAGCAGUGAAGGAAGCCUUGAUUGAUCUUGGAGAGGAGUUUUCUGGAAGAGGCCAUUUCCCACUGGCUGAAAGAGCUAACAGAGGAUUCGGAAUCAUUUUUAGCAAUGGAAAGAGAUGGAAGGAGAUCCGGCGUUUCUCCCUCAUGACGCUGCGGAAUUUUGGGCUGGGGAAGAGGAGCAUUGAGGACCGUGUUCAAGAAGAAGCCCGCUGCCUUGUGGAGGAGUUGAGAAAAACCAAGGCCUCACCCUGUGAUCCCACUUUCAUCCUGGGCUGUGCUCCCUGCAAUGUGAUCUGCUCCAUUAUUUUCCAUAAACGUUUUGAUUAUAAAGAUCAGCAAUUUCUUAACCUGAUGGAAAAGUUGAAUGAAAAUGUCAAGAUUUUGAGCAGCCCCUGGAUCCAGAUCUGCAAUAAUUUUUCUCCUAUCAUUGAUUAUUUCCCGGGAACCCAUAACAAAUUACUUAAAAACAUUGCUUUUAUUAAAAGUUAUAUUUUGGAGAAAGUAAAAGAACACCAAGAAUCGAUGGACAUGAACAACCCUCAGGACUUUAUUGAUUGCUUCCUGAUGAAAAUGGAGAAGGAAAAGCACAACCAACCAUCUGAAUUUACUAUUGAAAGCUUGGAAAACACUGCAGCUGACUUGUUUGGAGCUGGGACAGAGACAACAAGCACAACCCUGAGAUAUGCUCUCCUUCUCCUGCUGAAGCACCCAGAGGUCACAGCUAAAGUCCAGGAAGAGAUUGAACGUGUGAUUGGCAGAAACCGGAGCCCCUGCAUGCAGGACAAGAGCCACAUGCCCUACACAGAUGCUGUGGUGCACGAGGUCCAGAGAUACAUUGACCUUCUCCCCACCAGCCUGCCCCAUGCAGUGACCUGUGACAUUAAAUUCAGAAACUAUCUCAUUCCCAAGGGCACAACCAUAUUAAUUUCCCUGACUUCUGUGCUACAUGACAACAAAGAAUUUCCCAACCCAGAGAUGUUUGACCCUCGUCACUUUCUGGAUGAAGGUGGCAAUUUUAAGAAAAGUAACUACUUCAUGCCUUUCUCAGCAGGAAAACGGAUUUGUGUGGGAGAAGCCCUGGCCCGCAUGGAGCUGUUUUUAUUCCUGACCUCCAUUUUACAGAACUUUAACCUGAAAUCUCUGGUGGACCCAAAGAACCUUGACACCACUCCAGUUGUCAAUGGAUUUGCCUCUGUGCCACCCUUCUACCAGCUGUGCUUCAUUCCUGUCUGAAGAAGAGCAGAUGGCCUGGCUGCUGCUGUGCUGUCCCUGCAGCUCUCUUUCUUCUGGGGCGUUAUCCAUCUUUCACUAUCUGUAAUGCCUUUUCUCACCUGUCAUCUCACAUUUUCCCUUCCCUGAAGAUCUAGUGAACAUUCGACCUCCAUUACGGAGAGUUUCCUAUGUUUCACUGUGCAAAUAUAUCUGCUAUUCUCCAUACUCUGUAACAGUUGCAUUGACUGUCACAUAAUGCUCAUACUUAUCUAAUAUUGAGUUAUUAAUAUGUUAUUAUUAAAUAGAGAAAUAUGAUUUGUGUAUUACAAUUCAAAGGCAUUUCUCUGCAUGUUCUAAAUAAAAAGCAUUAUUAUUUGCUGAGUCAGUUUAUUAGACCUUCCUUCUUUUAUGCAUAAUGUAGGUCAGAAAUUAAAGAAAAUAGAGUGCCAGGAGGCCAUGCUGGUUCUCAAAAUGAUAAGGACAGAAAGGACAAAGGGGAAGAGGGUAGGGAAGCUAUUUUGGGUGAGUGUUAGAGUUACUUGAGGACUGGAUUUGAAAGUGAGAAACUGUCCAGGGGCAGCUCUAACCUGUAGGGAAAUAUUCAGAGGAUCAGCAAAAGGGAGGAAUGGACAUUAAAUGUUAGAAUUCUUAUAUCGACAUUGGUGUUCCUUUUUUUUUUUUUUUUGAGACAAAAUCUUGCUCUGUCACCCAGGAUGGAGUGCAGUGGUGCAAUCUCAGCUCUCUGUAACCUCUGCCUCCCAGGUUCAAGUGAUUCUCCUGCCUCAGCCUCUUGAGUAGCUGGGAUUAUAGGUGUAUGCCACCACACCUGGCUAAUUUUUUGUAUUUUUAGUACAGACAGGUUUUCACCAUGUUAGCCAGGAUGGUCUCAAUCUUCUGACCUUGUGAUCUGCCUGCCUCGGCCUCCCACAGUGCUGGGAUUACAGGUGUGAGCCACUGCACCUGGCCUGGUGUUACUUUAAAGUGUCAUUACUUUAUCUCUAAAUAAAGAAUCAGAUUACUUUUACUACUUCAUGUUUCCAACUUAUAAUGAUAUAAUGAAGUAUAAAUACAUGCUUUCAUAUCACU